AUGUCAGCUGCAUGUCCGUUGUUUGCCGUGUGGUGGAGCUCGGUAUUAUUGACGGGUCUCGAAUUUCCCGGUCUUUCGACAUCCUUCUUGACGGUGAAGUUGGAUAACGCCUCAUGUUCACGCGUCAGCAUCGGUGAAGGUAGUGGUACACUCAACUCUUCGCAACUUUCUGUGAAAAUAGACCAACCUUCCAAUGUUGUGUGUUCGGCCGGCAUUCAAUUGGGGGCUGCUUCAACCAAUAUUACUGUUGACUUGGCUGUGCACCUCAACGAGAUCACCGUCGGAAGGGAGUUAGACGACCUUUGUUUUACUACAAACUUCAUUGUGGACCGCUGCAGCCUUAAUGUGAAGGUGAAUGACAUUAAUAUGGUUCCUAAAUUUGAACUUUUUGAGAUGUUCAAACCUAUUGCGCAGUACAUAAUUGAAGAAAAAUCCGAAACACUAUUAUGCAAUGCGCACCUUCCGUUACUGGGGAAUAAAUUUGUGAUAAGUGAAGUGAAGCCGGAGAAACCAGCUCCUCCCCCUGUUGAUGGCGCUGUUGUCUUGAACACUACUCCAGUUUUCCGGGGUGUGACGAAUGUUGUAAACAAUAUUCCUGUUGUUUUUGGUGUUCGUCUCGGUGCGAAAAUGCACGAAGACACUGCUACUCGUACGAACUUCACGUUGCCGAACGGUGUGAACAUGACUCUGUAUGAGGAUGGUGCCUUAUCUCCUGCGAUAUCCUCUUUACUGGCUUCUGUGGAAGACGCACUAAAAGCUCUUUCACUGGAUGGUCUUGUGGCCAAUAUUAGUCAAAUGAUUCCUGCCGUGAAUGUCACUAAUGCAGUAGUUGACAUUCCGAGUAGUUUUACCAUGUCUAUGGAUGUUGUGGUGACGGAUGUUCGCUGCAGUGAUGAAGCGAAACUAAAUUGUACCAUACCGUGUUCCGAUGCUGUGUUGUUGCAGAAUUUGAGAACGGUCGGUCUUGGUGAUAUAAACAAGGUGGCUGGCAACAAUAUGGAAGAUCUGUUGCUUCCACAUGUGGAGAGCCUUAUUAACUCUGUGCUUGCAUCGAACUGUACUGCUGGGGAGGAGCGACGACCCCUUCCCUUGCUUCAUGCUGCUGAAGUACGUGAUGUACCUCCCCUAUCGCUUUGGCUUACCGCACUUUGUAUGUCGGUUGUUGCAUUCGCGUUGGGUAUUUGCUGGAGCAUCUACCGACAUCGAAAGGAUCCCGCAACACUGGCUGAUGGUUCACCGAUUUCGCAAUGCCGAGCACUUACUGAGGAUGGUCUGUUGUUGUUGCUUACUCUAAGUGCUACAUUCUUACUUGUGUGGUCCAACAGCACGACAGCUGCCGCAGUUGUGGUGGGAGGUGAAUUUAAUAUGUUGCAACUCUCUUUGAUGGAAAUCACCAGCAAAAUUUUCAAAGCUGGACAUGUUGACCUAGCCAUCGGUUUUUUCUUUUUUAGCGGAGUUUAUCCAUAUGUGAAACUGUUAUGCAUCCUUGUAUGCACUCUUGGUUUUCGAAAACCUCAACAUGCAUUCGUGAGGUUACUUGACUGUACAGGCAAGUUUUCUUUCAUUGAUACGUUUGCGAUGGUUGUGAUGGUCGGGGGCUUGGAGUUAUCGGGGAUAGCGGAGGUGCACAUUCGACCUGGAUUCUACUGUUUCCUCUUCGCUACAAUUCUCACAAUUUUCGUCGGAAACUAUGCUUUAUACCUAUGGCGUCGUAAUACUUCCGUACGACUGGAUCAGAAGUGCAGUCCGUCGGAACCAUCACACAGUGAGAAUGAUGUGGUUGAAGCAGAAAGAGAUGAUGAACUUGAUACGAAUUCAUCAAAGGGUAAAAAGUGUGACUUGAUGCGAUUUGUAUUACGUGGGUUAAAUGGCGCUGCCACUGCUGUGUGUGUGUUGCUUAUGUGGUUUAUACCUUGUUUGCGAUACAACGUGGGUGGCUUGGCCUCGGUGGUGCAACCUGACUCUCGUGACAUGGCAAUGUUUGAACUCACAUCCGGGUCGUUUACCAUCUUGACAGUUUGUUUUCUUACUACGGUGUUGGUUCCAUUUCUGUUUGCCAUUACUUACCCGAAUUGUUCUGUUACCGCGUCGUGGUGUGCGGCAGAUGCUUUAUCUGUGGCCUGCAUCGCUGGGCUCGUUCAACUCGGUAAGUUUGUUAGCUACAUUAUUGGUGAAGGCAUGGAGGCCAUCUACACUGCUGAGGCAAAGUUACUGUGGCCCAUGUAUCCCGUGUUUGCUUUUGUUAUUUGGCAGUGGAUAUUAGUAAUUGAGCGGGAAUUCAAACCUGUAAGGUGGGUGUGGCAACAUCUCACACGCCCUCGGUCAACACUCAGUAGUGAUGUUGCAGCGGAUUCUAGAGAACCUAUUGGUGAAGAUAAGCGGCAUAAUCGCCUUUUUGGUUUCUUUUUUGCUCUUUUUUCGACCCAAUUCUUUCAUGGUUCUGUAAAGGCGUGA